AGGCAAUCUGUUUAAGUUGUUUUGCAUGUAUAUAACACAUGUUACAACUUAAACUUCCAGCACUAGCGCUGUUAUUCACCAGACGGACUACUCCAGCGCCGUGAAUAAGGCACCUUCGUAAGAGCUCGUGGUUUUGUCACAUGUUCUAAAACCUGGAACUCCUGAUUGACUGGUACUUUGCCCUGGAAAGACGGUUACGGUGUAUUCGAGCGGUUUGAAAUGGCUGUUCGCGAAGAGGACUGACUGAAGACGUCCGCAGGCUAAAGACGUCUGUCAUUUCCUUCUGUUCUCCCCAAACUCCAGUGCUCGUUUACUGGCUUUCCUCAAACGUUUAAUUAAAUAGUAAGGAGGUUGUUUUAUUGAUUGCAAUUCAUCAGCCAAACCACUCUCCGUUAUCGCCUCCGCACCAUCAGCUUCUGCACCAUCAGUUCGGGGACAAAAUGGCCUGUGGCCUCUAUCUGCCAAAUUAAAUCGUCGGGCUACUUCACCUACCUUCAUACCAACAGGGCUCUAUUUGAACAUGAGAUGUUGUGAUUGGUCUUGAACAGGGACGAAUUAAAUUCUCUCAGUGUCACGUGAUCACAUUUCAUUGACCGUAAUAUAUAUGCUUUCCUCUAACAUUCUAGAAGUAAAGCUCAGAGAGUGAAAACGCACAUACUGAAUACGGACAAAGGUUUCAUUUGAGCAAUGGAUGGAGUGAAAAGGCCAGAAACCCGUGCUGACUUGGUACAGAUCAAAGAUCCGUUCAAUCAGACAGUCAGAUGUUACCGUGUACAAGGUACCGAUAUUUACUUCCCGCCUUUUCCGAAUUUGGACGAACGACUGAAACAGUUUCCAGACAUACAUGCACGAAAUGACGACAUCCUCGUCUGCGGAUAUCCCAAGUGUGGCACACACUGGAUAUGGGAGGUGGUUAGUAUGAUUGUACAGGGAGAGGCUUCUUACAGCCCGGCCAUUAAGGAAUCAGUCAUGAUGGAAGCGGUGAGCAACGCCAGUCUAGACGCCCAGCCAUCACCUCGGGCCCUCAACACGCAUGUCUCACCAGAUUACAUCCCGUCAGAUUUCAUCAACCGGAGAUGUAAGAUCGUCUACCUAUUGAGAAAUCCAAAAGACAUGCUGGUGUCCAUGUACAAUCACACCUUCAAUCUUCUGCCCUUCUAUGGCUAUGAGGGUACCUGGGCCGGCUACUUCGAACUAUUCAUGGAGGGUAGAGUGGAUUAUGGGGACUGGUUCCGGUAUGUCCGUGACUGGGAAAAUCUGAUCGAUGCCAGACCUGACCUCCCUAUACAUGUUCUGUACUAUGAAGAUAUGAAAAAGGAUCCUCUGGCACAGAUUCGCAAAUUGGCUGAAUUUCUGGGUAAAGGAGAAAACCUUGAGCUAUACCGGGGAAUAAUGGACAAAUGCUCGUUCAAGAAUAUGAAACAGGCCAAGGCCAGUUGUGAUGACGAGGUGGAGAAGGCGGACUGGCGGGAAGGGAAGCCGAUGAUGUACAGGAAAGGUGAAGUUGGCGACUGGAAGAACUGGUUUACGGUAUCUCAGAACGAGCGAUUGGAGGACAAACUGAAGAGGGAACUGGCCAGCUCCAAACUGCGCUUUACCUACGUGUUGUGAAGCCAUUCCAAACAUACCCCAUGUAUUGCCUGUACGCUGUAAUACCCUAUAGUACUGGACAACGUUCAUGGAACAAUGGUUUUCAGGAAAAUGCGUAGAAACGCUUAAAUGUGGCUGUAUAUCUACGCAUGUGAACUCUUCACGGUAACACACAUCUCUAUGUGAAAACCUUACUUAAGAGGAUUUUAGUAACGGCUAAACACGUUAUUUGACCCAGUGAUGCUUAGCGGUGAAUUCUCCGGAAAAGCUGCUGAAGCAGGCCUUUAUGUGUAUACUUCCGGUCGCGUUUAUCAGUGUAUAACGAACCGGCUGACUUUGCUGUUGGAAACAAUCUGCGUAUGUUUUCACCAUGUAGUAUUUAUAAACCUGAUUCUUAGUUGCGGCGAGCAGGUAUGAGGUCGUUGUUGUUCGGGAUUGUGAACUAACUCCUCGUACUCCUUACAGCACAUGCACCGCUCUCUACCUUUCGCUUUAUAGUCAAUGGGCCAAGGCCCAAAAUUUCACAUAUUCGUACCACCAAGGGUGGCCAGAUUUCCUUGCUAUAUUUAAGACAGUGCAUGUUUUUAGUUCAUGUUUUGUAUGAUAGCCCUCGCAGAUAGGUAGCUUUGUAUAUGUUAUGCCCCCUUUUAUAAACAUACUUUUGAUUCAAUGUGUUAACUCACAUAUUGCCAACAGUCAUACAAUAACAGAGCUAUUUGAACCCCCAGUCAAUUCAGGAACAGAGUGUUUACCUUUAGGAAUACUUCCUUCACUAAUUCAAGCUAAUCUUUUCAAACAUAAUCGCAGAUUUGUUGACGAAAGUUGACAUUUUAUCACUCUCUGGGUUGGGAGAGGGGUGAGCUACAGGAACGAGAAAGACUGCAUCGGCAGUUUUCUUUGCAGUCAGAAAAUGACAGAAGACAUAAAGUUUAUGUUUUGUAACAUUUUAGGGCAUUCUGUCGUGAUUGUAUUAACUAUUGACUUCAGGUCUAAAUAUUCAAGUGGUAAAUUCCAAAUGGCAUACGGUAGGGAGUUUUUCCAAGACCUCAAACACCAAAGGAAACUGCAAGACUGGAUUCUUUAACACCGUGACACUCACAAUCUCAUUUAUCUGUCAGCAGGUGCCAUGGAUGCUACUGAACUAACAGUCAUGUUACAGUUUUGAAAUUUGUCCGUGUUCAAGUCCUGUUGCCUGAUGUUGCCUGAUGUCCACCGCUCCUUGAACCUAAUCUUCUCGCGAUAUUUUCAUGUCCACCGCUCGUUGAACCUAAUCUUCUCGCGAUAUUUUCAGAGGUUUCAGAGUCUUCAUCAAAGCAAUGAAUGAUACCUGGCUGCUCCAGUGCAUAAUAGGGCCUACAUCAGCGAAUGAUACAUUCAUUAAGAAAUAAUUUGCUUUAAGGUCUAUUCAGUUAAUUCAUUUAUGGCACUGUGCAUUUUAAUGUAGUAGUUUAGAAGACUGCAUUUAUCAAGCCCUUGCCAAAACCUUAUGUGACGUCACAAUAUGGCUAGAAAAGGCCACUCAAGUAUCCAGUGUUUUAAAAGCAGCAUACUAGCACACUAGAAAAAAAAAUUUUCGUCUGACAUACACUUCAUACUAGUGUUUUUUCUUCUUUUUUGUCUGACUUUAAAGUAGACAUUUGUUUGAACCCGUAGCUGUGUGUGCUGAGACCAUGGCCCCGUACCCAUUACGCUGUUUAAAGUCAACCAGAUUUACAAGCAAUGAACAAAACUGUCAUGCUUACUUAGUAACAUUUGGGCGUCACUGUUAACACCUUUAAAGCUAACUGUGAGCUUGACACAAAAUUAUUGCUAACC